AUGGCGCAAGCGACUAAUCGAGAAAUAGCACACCGAGAAACGCAGCUCGCCCAUCGCUGCAGCUCCACAUUACUACCAGCCAUGUGUGUUCCUAUCACGGCAAGCAAUCUUAUCUAUGAUAGCAUCAUGCCGUCGCAACAAUUCCUCCAGCAUGUCACUGUCGAAACAGGAGACACUGCUCCCUCUGGCGCCAAAAAGCCCUGGGGUGAAUAA